AUGAUCCAAUCGGUUUCUGUUACGGCGAACUUCGCCGUGGCUUUUGCAUUGGUGUGUAUAAUCACGGUGGAGCCAUGGCGCGUUGAAUCACAAGAAGAACAGAGGCUUCUAGUGAGCAUGACGAUCGUUAAGAACGCACGUGAUACUGGAGCUCUUUGUUUGGAUGGGAGUUUACCUGCUUAUCAUUUGCACAGAGGAUAUGGAGCAGGAGAGAAUAAUUGGCUUCUACAAUUUGAGGGUGGAGGAUGGUGCAAUGACUUACAAUCAUGCUUGGAGAGAGCACCAACUCGUAGGGGUUCAACAAAGUACAUGAACAAGUUUGCGGUUUUCUCUGGUAUUUUAAGCAAUAAUGCCACCCUUAAUCCAGACUUUUACAAUUGGAACCGGGUGAAAUUGAGAUACUGCGAUGGAGCUUCAUUUACCGGAAACCGAGUCUUCAAAAAUGGGACAACAACGCUUUACUUCAAAGGGCAAAAGAUUUGGGAAGCCAUUAUUGAGGAUCUUCUACCAAAAGGUUUAGGAAAAGCAUACAAGGCUUUGCUUUCUGGCUGUUCAGCAGGAGGUUUAGCCACUUUUCACCAUUGUGACAACUUCGCCAAGUAUUUGCCAACAAAUACUACUCUUAAAUGCUUGAGUGAUGCAGGUUUUUUCCUUGAUGGAAGAGAUGUCAGUUUGAAUCACACUAUGAGGUACUUAGUCAAAAGUCUAGUUACAUUGCAGGGGAUAGAGCAGAACCUUAAUGAAAACUGCACGAGUGCGCUUUCCUAUCCAGACUUGUGCUUCUUUCCGCAAUAUGCAUUGAAAUAUAUAUCAACACCGUAUUUUAUCUUGAACUCUGCCUAUGAUGUAUUCCAAUUCCAUCAUAUAUUGGCGCCACCUUCGGCUGAUCCCCUCGGACACUGGAAUCACUGCAGGGUGAACAAAUCGACAUGCACACCAGCCCAAAUUAACACAUUGCAAGGUUUUAGGCUCAGCAUGCUUGCAGCUUUGAAACCGUUCUACUUUUAUUCCAAAAGAGGAGGAAUGUUCAUAAAUUCAUGUUUUGCUCAUUGCCAAAGUGAAUCGCAAGAAACAUGGUUUGGAGACGAUUCUCCUAGAAUAAACAACAAGACUAUUGCAGAAGCAGUUGGUGAUUGGUAUUUUAGUAGAAAUAGAAGCAAGCAGAUAGAACGUCCCUAUCCAUGUGAUAAUGAUAAAACUUGUCAUAACUUAAUACCAUAA